UCCCUCCGGUCUGCGCUCGCUCGAGGCAUCUCAAUUGGUUUGGCCUCGGUAAUGCCGCCGCAACGUCCUCUCUAGCUCUCGAACCACUGCCAUGCCGCCGCAUCUCCACCCCCGGUCGCGCAUGACGACCUCCCUUUUCACGACCACGCUCGCGGUAUCGUUUCUGGUUGUAGCGACGCCCCAUCUUCUCCCCUGUCCGGUUGACCCGCGUACGCUCGCCGACUCUUCGAACCCAGACGCAUUAUCCGGAGAACCGAGGAGAAGACGGAGGAGGAUCCCGCGAGAGGAGACAUGCAAUGAUGUGAUGAGCGAGGAGCGGAGGCGGAGGAAGGAAGCAGAUGAGUGGGCGCCGCCGAAGAGAGAGUGUCCCGUGCCGAAACCUGGUGGGCUAAUCGGGCAGGUGCUGGGCAUUAAGGAGGAAGCGGACGAUGCUGAAGAUCAGCCGUCGGUCACAAGACAGGUUGAUAGGGCAAGGUGGAAGAGGCGGACGCAGGAUGAGGAUCAGUCAUAACUACCAAGAACACUCUUAGGCGGAACGGGGUUGGAACACGCACCAUCGGGACGACUAUGAGGGCGCAGGAGCAGGAAAGCGUGUAUCAUAUGUAUCAAGAUGGUGACAUAGAAAGGGAAUCACCUCAAAGUCUAUAUGGCAAUACCCCAGAUCCUUCAGCUUUGGCAGGGCCGUCGUCCAGUCAUGCGAAAUGUGCCACUUCGUCGCUCCUCUCAAUCGCUCAUGUCCGGAAGCUGAAACUCGAUCUAGGCUUAAAGCUUAACGACACAGACGACAAAGAAUGAUGGUAGCUGAAUGCAUUCUGCUCCUCCAAGUUGUAAUAUCAGCUACGAGCAC